AUUUGAUUUGUUUGAACGCAACGCAAAUAAAUAUAAAUAACUGUUUAGAAUUACCUAAAUACUUUCAAAUCGUUAUUCUCCAAAACUUUGACGUUCAUUGUCAAUCAAAAUUUCAUCAUCAAGUUUUACAUUAAUUAAAAAGAGGGUACAUUAAGAUGACCGCAGAAAUUAAAUUAUUUACAUUGGCUGAGGUUGCCAAACACAAUACAAAUCGGAGCACUUGGCUUUGUAUUCAUAAUAAUGUUUAUGAUGUUACGGAAUUCUUAAACGAACAUCCAGGUGGCGAAGAAGUCUUGUUAGAGCAAGCAGGUAAGGAAGCAACUGAAGCGUUUGAGGAUGUGGGUCAUAGUACAGACGCACGCGAUUUGAUGAAAAAGUACAAAAUUGGUGAAUUAAUCGAAUCAGAACGAAAAAUAAUUCCAGAAAAGUCCCAGCCGGACUGGAAUAGCUCUGAGAGCAAAGAAGAAAAUUCUUUCAAAUCUUGGCUGCUCCCGUUGUUACUCGGCGUCUUUGCUACAUUUGUAUACAGAUAUUAUUUUAUUCAAUCUAAAUAAUUGGUUUUAUAUUCAUUCCUUCACACAGUUUAAAUAAAUUAUAUUAGAAGAGUUGUAUGUGAAAUUGUCAAUCGUUGAUUGCUGUAUUUUAACUGCAUUUGGGGAAAAUAAUCUAUUGAAUUCUUUAAUAUGAUUUCGGGAUAGGCAUUUUUAUAUAAAAUACGAAUAAUAAAAACAAUUUUUAAAAUGAGA